AUGAAAGAAACAAUCAUGAAUCAAGACAAAGUAGCAAAAUUGCAAGCACAAGUGCGCAUUGGUGGAAAAGGAACUGUCCACCGAACAGACACUGCUGAUGACAAGAAACUCCAGUUCUCCCUGAAGAAGCUGGGUGUGAAUAACAUCUCUGGCAUAGAGGAUAUAUUUACAAACGAAGGGACUGUUGUCCACUUUAACAAUCCUAAAGUUCAGGCUUCUUUGGCUGCCAACACCUUCACUAUUACAGGUCAUGCAGAGACUAAGCAGCUCACAGAGCUGUUGCCCAGUAUUCUGAACCAACUCAGGGCUGAUAGUUUGACUAGCUUUAGGAGGCAUGCAGAGCCUUUGCCCAAACAAUCACUGGAUGGGAAAGCACCAUUUGCCACCGGUGAGGAAGAGGAUGAUGUAGUUCUCGUUGAGAACUUUGACAAAGCUUCCAAGAAUGAGUCAGUCAGAUUAACUUAA